UCCGCGCCUGCUCGCCGCCAUCUUGUUCAAAGAGAGCACCUCCCUUCGUUCCUUAGCCUUUAGGCGGGACUUGGCGAGGCCAUGGCGACUGAGGAGCGCGGCGGGGCACGGCCUGCGGGGCCGGCCUCCGGGCGAAGUGGCUGCGGAGUCCCCCGGCUGGGGGAGCAGACCCCGGCGGCUGUGGAGAAGCGAGGGCCGUACAUGAUGAUGCGCGCGCCUUCCAUUCAGGCCAAGCUGCAGAAGCCCCGGGACCUGGCCAAGGCCGCCCUGCGGAGAAAAGGCAUGCUGGGGGCCGCGCGCCGCCCCGACUCUUCAGGGAAAAGGUCAGUGAAGUUUAACAAGGGCUAUACUGCUCUUAGUCAGAGUCCAGAUGAAAACCUGGUGUCCCUCAACUCUGACAGUGAUGGGGAGCUGGAAUCCAGAUACUCCUCCGGGUAUUCCUCUGCAGAGCAGGUGAACCAGGAUGUGAGCCGCCAGCUGCUCCAGGAUGGGUAUCACCUAGAUGAGAUUCCAGAUGAUGAGGACUUGGACCUCAUUCCCCCCAAGCCUAUGGCUUCAACGUGCUCCUGCUGCUGGUGCUGUCUUGGGGACUCUUUCUCUUGUACCAUCCAGUAGACAUAAGCCCCUAAAAUGGGCCCUGCUUGCCAUGCCUGCAGAUCCCUUUUGGCUCUUCAUAGGUCAGACUGCAUUCCCAGAAUCACUUGAGGUACUGGCCUUCUGGGAAGUCAGUGACCUGUAGUUACCCCUUACCUGGUGCUUCUCAGGCAGGAGGCCCCCAUCUGGGUGAUAGGGUGAUAUAUGGAAUUCUGCAGUUUUCCUCUGCUGUUGGAGCAGAGUUUGAAACCAUUUAAUAAGGGGGGGAAUAGAGGAAUUCUGUUUCUUAGGGUGAGUGAUAAUGCUGGCUAAGAAAAACACUUGAAAACAGCUUGACUGGUAUUUGUUGUCAUGCUCUUUGGAUGGAAAAAGAGCUUUUGUGCCCAGAUUGUGCUGGACGGUGUUGUGUGGAGGCAGAAAAUUUGUGGCUUGCAGCUGGGAAUCUUUGAAAAAGAAUUUAUGUGGGACCAGUUCAAGAAAUUCCUUAAGCUCUCCUUUCUAGCUCCAAGACGGGUUUGCCCUUCAAGAAAGGAUAAAGCUUUGGCCCUCUUCUGGUUGUGCCUGUCUGACUGUUGCAGGGAGGAUAGCAGCUUGCUUGAUGACACAGCAGGUUCCAGAAUCCCUGGACCCAGAGCAUCCCCAAAUGAUCUGUAUGAGUAGGUUUAUUUGUCGUUCCUUGGUUGCCAUUCUCCACCUUGGUCUUAGCUAGUUUCUCCAUCCAGUCUUGGAGCUAAAUGUUGGCCCAGAAGCCUGCAGAUUUUGGUUACCAGGAGAGGGAGCUACAGGGAGCAUUCAAAUGUCUUUCUAUUUAAUAGCCUUGUAAACUUGAGAAGUAGCAAUGGGUGAGAAGUAUACUGGCUGAGCUGUGUGUGGGCUCUGACAGACAGAGACUCACAGACAGAAUGGGGAUUAGGGACCUGUGCCAGCUCCCAAGGCCUCUGCCUGAGGCAGAGGGCCUCCCUUCAACCCAAUGUGGACCAUUCCAUUGUGUCCAGCUGUCGAGAUUCUUCUGACCACAGCAUGGGCCUCACAGUGGAUACUCAGGAUUGGACUUUUUACAAUAAACCUUUGUGUGCAACACAGCCUCUCAGCCCCCAUUGUGAACACAGCAGACACAUAAUCCCCUCCAUGACCCCUACUAGACAGCAUACCUUGCUAAACCACACGUCUCCCUAGAAUUUAGUUUUAGUGUUUUUGUGUGUUUUGCCUUACCUGGAACCGUGGUGAGAACUGAAUGGGAGUGGGCAGGGUUCCUAGCCCAAGGGGUAUGAUAGCCAGGAUUGGAUGUGGGCCCCACAGGGAAAGUGCCUGGUCUCUUGACUUAUUUGAUGCCCUACAACUACUAGGGGUAUAUGAGGGAAGGCAUGGACUCUUUUUUUUGCUCUACUACUACAUGAGGUGAUUGAAAGACUGAGAAUGUCAGAUUAAAAGGCCAUAUUUGUCAGAGGACUAGCCUCAUGAGGGUAAUCCUAUUAGCUUGAUUGGCAUCUAUAUUGGUGCUUUUCUCAAAUCUCAGAAAGCUGAGAGAAAUACAAUAUCCAGGGGGCCGUGGCUAACUUAUUAUAUGAUCUCACAGUGCACACAGCAAGACAGAGAGGGGACAGGGACCAGAGGCACUUCUGGGAUAAGGGAGGCACAUGGUCAUUCUUUUCUGGAAUGGGGCUCUGCAACUCUACAUAGGUGCCCACUUUCUGAGCACUUUGAAAAUGCUUGCAGGGAGUGAGGACAUCUCCAUUCUGACCCCCUUGCCCACCCACAGAUAUAUCCAGGCCUUUCUGGCUUCUGCAGAGGUGGCAAAAUGUACACAAAGGGUGUCAGAUGUAGGACAGUGUAAAGGAAGACAGUGGUAACAGGAAACCCAGUGGGGGCCAGAAAGUGGCUGUGACAGCCAAAUGUGGGACAAUUUUCUGUGGGGGAGGUGGUUAGGACAGUGGAAACUGCUGGUGUGUGCUGAAGGUGGCUACAGGAACCCAAGACCAAGGCCCUCUGGAUCAUUGUUGCUGUUAACACUAGUAUAUUUGGCUGCAGCUGUUCCUGAAGAGGAUGUUCCAGAGCUGGUUGACCCUGAGUGGGAGGCAUUAUCUUUGUGGGGAAAGUUGCAGGAACCUGAAAUAGGGGACAGUGUGUAGUGAGGCAGGAUAGGUAUGGUCAUUUGUUUGGGGCCAGAAGCUAACGUAUCACCAAAAGGCACCAAGAUGCCCAGAACCAAACUGCCUUAUUGAGAGUGCUGGGUAUUCUGUAGGUGACAGUACCCUGGGGACGGGUGUAUUCAGGCUUUACUUGACUGAUGGGAGUGGUGCUCUAUGGUGUUUACAGAGUACUCUACAGAACUCUUGGCUUAGGUUUCCACAGCUCUGUAAGUUUAUAAUAAAUAGUCAUGCUAAUUGAGCUUUCUGUUGCAAUAGGAUUUUUAAGAAAGGUCCAGGCCACAGUCAUUGCUACUUCUAAAUUCUGAAAUAAAGAAAUAUCCAAAUA